AUCCCUCCUUCUUUUCCUCCUCCUCUUCUUCUUCAUAUUUAAAACCGACCUGGAUUCUGCCAAUGAAUGAAAAACCUAACAGAGACAGAAUCAACAUUUCGCUGCAUAUUUAAAGUGAAAACCCCUCUUUCAACCAGCUGCAGCUCCAUCGAUGCGCCAGUAUGACGCACAUCUCUGCUCUUCUGGCUCUCACUGUAACAUCAGCACUCCUGGGCUGGAGAGCCGCACAAGCCUCUAUCCAAUGCAGCUGGACAAAAGUUUCUUCGAACGACCAAAUGCACGUCACCUUUCUACGGGGGGAUUCACUUGGCAGCGCUGCGUCACUUCGCCUGUAUCACAGCGUCUGGUCCGGGGAGCGCAACCUGCUCGGGUGCACCUGGAGUGAUGACGCAGCGCUGAUCCAGAGCUAUCUGUCUCUGUGCCGGGGGCGAACGCAAGAAUAUUUCGACCAUGCGACAAAAAAAAUUCAUCUGUAUUCUUUGUUUGACGCAGAUCAGUGCGUCUCCCUGGCUUCUCCAAGCGUUGUCAAGCUGCUGGAGCACAGGACGGGGAGACAUGUGAGAAGCCUCGGAGAUCAAGGUGAAGAUGAAAGGUCAGAGGUCAGGAUACAUACGCGUGUAAAGCGCGGCUUUAUUGUCCCCGGGACUUUGUGGUGCGGCUCUGGCAACAAAGCGCCAUCAUAUGCAGAUUUGGGUGUUUUUUCAGACACAGACAGCUGCUGCAGGGAACAUGACCAGUGCAAAGACACCAUCCUGUCUUUUCAAUCUGAGUUUGGCAUCUUCAACAGUAACAUCUUUACCAUGUCUCACUGCAGCUGCGACAACAAGUUUCGCAGCUGUCUGAGGGAGGCGAAUGACAGUAUAGCUGAUGUAGUGGGAUAUACCUUCUUCAACCUGUUGAAGAUGCAGUGCUUCAGCUUUUCUCACCAACUCCAGUGUGUUGAGAGAAACUGGUUUGGAAUGUGUAAAAAGACUCAAAUGGCGCUCUAUGCUGACGUCCAUGCACCCACAUUGUAUGAGACCACGCAGUCCAAAGAGGACUGCAUGAACAGCUCCUGCUCUGACAUCAACUCCACUGCAUCUGCAGAACUCCAGGAAACAAACACAUCAUAUCCACACCUCCUCUCCACCGUUGCUCCAUCUUCAGCCACUCCCUCCAUUACUGCAGUGAUUGAUGAUACAAACUCCACAUAUGGUAAAGCAUCAGAGACAGCUACAGAGGCAACGACUGAGAGGAGAGAUGAUCUGGGGAGCGUUUUACGUGCCAAACACCACACUGGGUUUCAGCAGUACACCAACUUUACAGAGGAAGUGAAUUAUUGCAUUAUAUACAAAGAACUUGAUGACUGUAAGAACAAGAUUCUACCAAAGCAGAGGAAAUAUGGCUUCCAUAACACAGAACCAGGGACACUAUAUCAUUGCAACUGUACAGCCAGACUGUUCCACACUGUGGCUCAACAGAGACAACUGAGCAAAGUGCAGGCUCUUCUGCUUGGACACGUGUCUCAAUCCUGCUUUCUGCCUCAGGACUGCACAGAAGACAGCAACUGCACUGUGGUUGUGGUGAAAGUAGAAUUUCCUCCAGUGGAUCAGAAGAGUGUUGCUAAAGAAGAGGAGCAGCACCACCCACAGGCAGAAAAACUGAAGGUCAGGAGGCCAGCGAUAAAAGCAAAGAGAAAGGACAGAGUUGUGAGACUUUACAAGAUGUGUCUCAGAAUGACUCGACCCAAACAAAUGAAAAGGGCCAAAAAACAAAACGCACAACAGCCAGAUAUCACAAGAGCUGAGGUCAACUGAAUGGGAUCAUA